CCUCACCACCUCACCCCGUCUCUUCCUUCCUGACCAGCCAUUCUGAAUACCCUGGCCGAUUCCCUGGCCUGAGAUCUACGUCCACCGAUCCAACUCAAAUCUCGUACAUCUGACCCCUCCCAUGCAACCCCCCCCAGGGCCAAAGCUGUUGGCUAUCUAGCGGGGAUUAUUGCUCCGGGUGCUGCUCCAAUCGAAUCACAGAGCCAGAGCCAUAGGUAUAGCCAUACUAGAAAGCGAUGACAAGGGAUCUUGAGGCCGCCCGCAUAAAGCCAUUACCGGGCGAUGCGUUCUACAUAGCGGAUUUCAUCUCGGAGGAGGAGGAGGAGAUCCUGCUCCAGAAGAUAACGACAGCCCCGCUACCCCGCUGGACUCACCUUUCGCACCGUCGUCUUCAGACCUGGCCGUCCGCCCUCACUAAAUCCAACGCCCUCCUUUCCUCCCCGCUCCCCUCCUGGCUCGUUUCACCUAUCAUCACCCCUCGCUUUGACUCGCUGGGCAUCUUUGCGGAUGCCCCGCACGGCGCCCCAAACCAUGUCCUCGUUAAUGAGUACUGUCCCGGACAGGGCAUCAUGCCGCAUGAGGAUGGGCCCGCCUAUUACCCCCUCGUAGCUACAGUGAGCCUGGGCGCUCCUAUCGUGUUGGACCUGUACGAGAAAAGCGGGAACGGUGAAGCAAAUGGGAAUGCCCCCCCGCGAUAUCGCAUCUUGCAGGAGAGACGCAGUCUGCUCGUUACGUCGAAAAGUAUCUAUACAGAUUUGCUGCACGGGAUCGCAGACACGGCCAAGGACAAGGGGCUAGGAUCCGAAUCUAUCUGCAACUGGGACUUGUUGAGGGAGCGCGAUCGAUAUGAAUGCGGGUGGCUGGACAGAGAGACUAGGAUAAGUUUGACUUAUCGGGAUGUGCUGAAAGUUGCAAAGAUGGGAAAUACGACGAAGUUUCUGGCCGGUCGGUGAAUGCAACGAUUUCUGGAGCCCCCAAAAGACGACUCCCAGCCGGCAUCGAACUAUACAAUCAGUAGACCCAAGGGAUCAUGUUCCAUCUCUCCCGCACAGACUCCUCACCGAAUUGUUGCAUGUACCAUUGCCUGGUAUUCGCAGCAGUGACACCUAGGUUGACAACGACAAAUACAAGAGCGGAUAACAUUGUCUUGUUCAAGAUCUCACCCUGCGGUGCGGCCAGAAAGGCCAGGGAGAGAUAUAUCACACACUCUGCUGUAUAGUGUGGACACACGACUCUGCGGAAGACAGGAUGAGUUGGAAGAGUAUAUUUCUUCAAUGAGAAGAGAAAAUGAUGAC